UUUUUUUUUUUUAAUUUUAUUAUUGUACUCUUCUCUUUUCUUUCUUCAAACCCUCUUUGGUUUUUGCACUUUUGCUUAGGGUUUUCAGUCCCUAAAAAUCUGUUUGUUAACUUUCUCAUUUCACACAUUUUAGUCCCCAAAUCAUUUCUUCAAUGCUUUCGCUCGCUUCGUCUUUCUUAUUAAGGUUAUUGGAAUAUAUGAGCUUUAAAAUUGUUGUGAAGAAAGAAAAGACUCAAAUUACUAUGCAUUCAGAUCUUUGAAGUUGGUUGAUACAGUGACAUGAAUUAGUAUAAAUUUGGAGGGUGAUAUCAUUCCUUUUUUUUUUUUGGGAUACAGCCAAGAAAGUUUAGUACUCUGUAACAGUUAGAAUGGGUUCAUAUUCUGGUACUUGUGAAAUCGUUGAAGCAGGCGAAGAGUUGAAACCAGUACAACGUUCUAGAGGGGCAUACCGACCACAUUCAGGAUUGGGUGUGGGCGACAAAGAUCGGAAGCCUCCUGUGCUAAAACUGGGAUUCAAGGAUUCUCUAGAAAAUGAUAUUAAUCAGCUUUUUGAGUCUAUCAAUCUUAAAGGUCCCAAGGGUUUGAGUGUUUCAUACCAAGGAGGUGCAAGCUCAAGCUCUUUAAAGAAAAAUGCAUUGAAGAAGCCAAUUACAGUGGGGAUGCCCCACUCCCCGAGAAUUGGUGGUUCAGAGCCAUUGUCACUGAAGCAGGCAUUAAGGGAUCUUUGCAUUUCCAAGGCAUCAGAGAUGGCUGCUAUGAAACGGUUAUCAAUGUCAGUUAGUUCUCCUGGGAUCUCUGAAGCUGGAAGGAUAAAAAGUUUGUUCAAUUCAGUUGUAGUUGAAUCUGCCAGUGGAUCUGGCCUUUCCAGAGAUGAAGAUAAGGGGAGCAUGGUUGAAAUAUCUUUGGUGCCAGAAGAAAGCAAAUCAACUUCUUCUAGGAUGAUGGCUGUGCCACAUCAAGCUCCCAAGAUAAAGUCAUUGAGCCAAAGUGUUAAUUCUUCGCCUCGUUUUGCUCGUGUAACAACACAAAUUAGCACUGAAACUUCUACAUCAACCCAAAUUGAUGUUUCCACAUCAAGAAAAGUUGGAAGUCGAGCACCAAAGGCAGAGCUGCAUCUGAAAGAGAAGCAUACUUCUGCAUCUUCUCCAUCUUGUUCUUACGCUGAUGAUAAUAUGUUAGAACCUGACAAUACCUUGCCUGCUUCAAGCAAGUUUCCAAAAAGAGCAUCAACUCCCAAGUCAGGACGAAAGGGCCGGUUGCAUGCUGCUCCUUCUUCUAGCUCAAUUAAUGGCAACAGAGUAAGCAGGAUGACAAGAAAUGCGCCACGGGUGGCUAAAACAGUUGUCAGGAACAAGAGUUCUGUUAAGAAGAAAAUAAAGCAGGAUUUCCCUUCUGCCGCUUGUGCUUCUAAUACUUUCAAUCAAGUUAAUAGCAGCUCGGAAUCCACCACAAGUCAAUUAGUUUGUCAGAGAUGCCAGUGCUCUCUGAAGAGUGUAACUAAUCAAGAUUCUGUGAAGCCACAGUCAGCCGGUACUAGUGCUGAAGUGAGCUCAAGUCAUGUGAAUUCCGAUGUGCACAAACCAACCUUGGUUGAGAACAAUGCUAACAGAGGCCGAGCUGUCAUUCCAAGGGCUAAAAAGAGCCCAAAAUCAAGAGAAAAAGGAGAGUUUUCCCAAAGUUCAAGUAGCCUUGGCGAUAGUAGUAGCACAAGCAUCAGUGAUGACAGCAAUUUAAGUGGGUCUAGUUGUGGCAACAGACCUCACAUGUCAAAGGAUGUGAGGUGGGAAGCCAUCCGCCACAUUAGGAUGCAGGAUGGGGUCUUGGAGUUGAGACAUUUCAAUCUUUUGAAGAAGCUUGGUUGUGGAGAUAUUGGGACAGUAUAUCUUGCUGAGCUUAUUGGCGCAAAAUGCUUGUUUGCUAUAAAGGUCAUGGACAAUGAAUUUUUGUCAAGAAGGAAGAAAAUGCCAAGGGCUCAAACAGAAAGAGAAAUAUUAAGGAUGCUUGAUCAUCCAUUUCUACCUACUUUAUAUACCCAAUUCACAUCAGAUAACCUAUCAUGUUUAGUUAUGGAGUACUGUCCAGGUGGGGAUCUGCAUGUCCUCCGGCAAAGGCAGUCUGGAAGAUGUUUUCCUGAGCCAGCAGCUAGGUUUUAUGUAGCUGAGGUCCUUCUUGCUUUGGAAUACUUGCACAUGCUUGGAGUUGUCUACCGUGAUCUGAAACCAGAAAACAUUCUGGUACGAGAAGAUGGCCACAUAAUGCUCACAGAUUUUGACCUUUCACUAAGAUGCACAGUUAGUCCAACUCUCCUUAAAUCUUCGUCGAAUUUGGAUCCUGCAAGGAUAUCUGGUCCUUGCACAUCAUCAAGCUGUGUACAACCAUUCUGCAUCGAACCAUCCUGUGAAGUCCCAUGCUUCAGUCCUAGGUUCUUUCCUGCUGCUGCAAAAACAAAGAGGCAAGCAAAAGCAGACCUCGCUGCUCAAAUCAGAUCACUGCCACAGCUUGUGGCUGAGCCUACUGAUGCAAGAUCCAAUUCCUUUGUUGGGACCCAUGAGUACUUGGCUCCUGAAAUCAUUAAAGGAGAGGGUCACGGAGCCGCUGUUGAUUGGUGGACCUUUGGUAUCUUUCUUUAUGAGCUUCUCUACGGUAGGACACCCUUUAAAGGUGCAGGGAAUGAAGAAACGUUGGCUAAUGUUGUGCUACAGAGCCUUAAGUUCCCAGACAGUCCUCUAGUUAGUUUCCCGGCAAGGGAUCUUAUCAGAGGGCUGUUGGUAAAGGAGCCAGAGAAUAGGUUGGGAACAGAAAAAGGGGCUGCCGAGAUCAAGCAACAUCCCUUCUUUGAAGGCUUGAAUUGGGCUUUGAUACGGUGUGCUGUUCCACCUGAGCUACCCGAGUUGUAUGAAUUUGGAGUUCCAAGCGUGAUGUCUCCAGAAACAGAGAGCAAUUAUUUGGAAUGUAAAGCUACAGGAGAGCACCUUGAAUUUGAGUUAUUUUGA